GCCUAUAAAAGCAGAAUGCGUCUGAGCAAACUCACGACCAACAGGAGACACUUUGGAAACAUUUGCGUCCUGGAGGACAGAUCGCCUCUCCGAGCUGAGAUGAGAGGGUUUACUCUGAAUAAUGUUUGCCAGUGUGGCUUAUUCGCUUAUCUCGUCUUCUUUUCUUUCAUGUCUUUCACCGCUGCAGUCAGUUUCGACCUGACUGAGCUUAGGAAUAAAGUUGCCAAAAUUAAAGUGAAUCCAAGAGGCAAUCUUUGGGCUACAGGACAUUUCAUGGGCAAGAAGAGCGUGAUGGAUGCCCCCCUGCUGCCUUCAGCUGAGGACCAGCAGGGUGAUGCUCUGGAGGUCAACCUGCCGGCCGAGCAGGGCGCUAUGGUGGAGCUCUUCCACCAGUUCCUGCGGGUGGCGUUGCAAGCUCAGGUGGACACACAAGAGAGUCGCAUGAAAAACCAGGAGGCUGACAUGUUGAUGAAGAUUUUAGAAAGCUACACCCAAAGCAGAAAGUGAUGCAGAGAGAUGACAUCUGAGGCGCAUGAACACGGAUCCGAGGUCAUCAGCUGGCCUCAUGGGUUAAAAUAAAUACAUUAUUAUAGAUGCAGUCUACAGUCUCCUGCUCAUCAUGAUUGUAAUUUACUGUAACUGUCAUAAUGCUCAUGUGCCAUUUGCAAUAUUUUUUUUCUCCAAUUUAUUUUGAUGAUGUCUUGUCGUUUAAAGUUAUUUAUAUUAAAUAAAAUAAUUAUUUGCACUG